AUGUCUUUAAAAGGCUAUUUUCUUGUGAACUAUAUUUUACAACGAUCUUUAGGAGUACAUGGCAAUCAGUAUCCAACAAUUCCAUAUCUUAAGGUAGAUGUGAAUACAAUUGAUACACCGAACAAGGCUCUUAGAAGAGAAAUAUUGCUUGGAACUAUUUCUUCAUGGCCUUUUUAUCUUGUUUCUGUACCAAAAAACAGACAGAAUAUACCAUCUUUUGCGCAUCUUUUUGAAAAUGAAAUAUUUUUUGAAAAUAUAGAAAAUGAGAACCAAUAUUCAAGAGAUAUAGUCUCAGAAGAGGCUAGGAAUGAAUCAGAUAUUCAUUUAUGGUCUCUUUCCCUCGACCGUCCAGUCCAAUUGAAGUUUAAAAUUACAUUUGGUCCUCUUUCCAUUAGUGAUAUGCCUAUUGUCUCACUAACUACCAUCUGGGAUGUUAAAAAGCAAACACUAGUACAAGUUCUCCUAAGAAAGCAUUUAUGGAUUUCAGAAGAGGUAGAGUCGAUGGGCGGUGGAUGGAUAGAAGUAAGACAAGUACGUUUUGGGGAUUUUUAUGAAGUUACAGAUAUGAAGUCAAUGGCUGUUCCAGCAGGAGAAGAAAGCAUUUACAAUAAUGCAUGUUUUUCAUACUUAAAAUAUGGAUUAAUACCUGUUUUGACCAAUACACGGCUUAUUUUUUUUCCAUAUUAUAUGAAUAAUUGGAAUAAUCAGAUAUUAUCAGAGGACAGGAUGUGGCCUUUACCAUCAUCAUUCGAACUUGAAAUAUGGUCAAACAAUUCUGCUCAAGAACCGUCACCUAUUGUUUUUGAAUUAGAUCUCUAUAUUGAGAAAUUAUUAGAAAAUACUAAUCAAGGGACUUCUGGAGUAUAUCUUAACUAUUUUGAUACGGAAUUUAUAACAUCCUAUAAAAGAAAAAUAGACAAUUCCCCCACAUUAGGUUUUGAAGGAGUUACUAUUAUGGCAGGAGGACUUGGGAAAACAGUUCUAAUCAUAGUGCAGCUUCAAAUCAUACCAUGGGAAAGAAGCGUUAUUCCUUUUCAUACAAAAAUAUGGACAUUGAAAAAUCCUGUACACAGACCUAUUAAAGUUAUUCAAGCAGGUUUUUCAUUCAUUCUAGGAAAGAAGCAUCAAAAACAUGAUUGUUGUCAAUAUUGUAUUAAUAAUCAAUAUAAGUUAAUGAGUUCCUAUCAAAAUGAUGGUUUAAACUAUUCAAGUCUCGAUGAACUUUAUUGUGAAGAACUAGGUAUUUGUCUUAUAAAUAAAGAAUGGCGUUAA